AUGGGCAAUGCACCAGUUUGCCAGUCUUGUCACACAGGCAAGAGUAUAAGAGCACAAGGGAACAUACAGGAUUUGGAUAAAAUUCCUGAUUACUAUGGAUACAACAAUGAAGAAAGCAAAGAUCCCGAGGCUCAGUCUGACAGCAAUGCGAGCUUUCUUCGAGCUGCCAGAGCUGGCAAUCUGGACAAAGUAGUGGAAUAUCUGAAGGGUGGAAUAGACAUUAACACAUGUAAUCAGAAUGGACUCAAUGCCCUACACCUGGCUGCCAAAGAAGGCCAUGUGGGACUGGUACAGGAGUUACUGGAAAGAGGGUCAGCAGUGGAUUCAGCUACUAAGAAAGGGAAUACAGCCCUACACAUUGCAUCCUUGGCCGGACAGGCUGAAGUUGUCAAAGUUCUGGUUAAGGAAGGAGCCAAUAUUAAUGCACAAUCUCAGAAUGGUUUCACUCCUUUAUACAUGGCAGCUCAAGAGAACCACAUUGAUGUGGUAAAAUAUCUGCUGGAAAAUGGAGCCAACCAGAGCACUGCUACUGAGGAUGGCUUCACCCCGCUAGCUGUUGCACUACAGCAGGGACACAAUCAGGCAGUGGCCGUCCUCCUGGAGAAUGACACCAAGGGGAAAGUGAGACUGCCAGCUUUGCACAUCGCUGCCAGGAAAGAUGAUACAAAAUCAGCAGCACUCCUGCUCCAAAAUGACCACAAUGCUGAUGUUCAGUCCAAGAUGAUGGUGAAUAGAACAACUGAGAGUGGCUUCACACCUUUGCACAUAGCUGCACACUAUGGAAAUGUCAAUGUGGCAACACUUCUGCUCAACCGAGGAGCUGCAGUGGACUUCACAGCCAGGAAUGGAAUCACCCCACUGCAUGUGGCUUCCAAAAGGGGAAACACAAACAUGGUGAAGCUUUUGUUGGAUCGUGGAGGGCAGAUCGAUGCCAAAACCAGGGAUGGACUGACUCCACUCCACUGUGCCGCACGAAGUGGGCAUGACCAGGUUGUAGAGCUCCUCCUGGAACGGGGUGCCCCACUGCUUGCAAGGACCAAGAAUGGACUCUCUCCGCUUCACAUGGCUGCUCAGGGUGACCACGUGGAAUGUGUCAAACAUCUACUGCAGCACAAAGCUCCUGUUGAUGAUGUCACACUGGAUUACCUGACUGCCCUACAUGUUGCUGCACACUGUGGUCAUUAUCGUGUCACCAAGCUUCUGCUGGACAAGAGAGCAAAUCCCAACGCUCGAGCCCUGAAUGGUUUUACUCCACUGCACAUUGCCUGCAAGAAAAACCGCAUCAAAGUCAUGGAACUCCUGGUGAAAUAUGGGGCUUCAAUCCAGGCUAUAACAGAGUCUGGCCUCACACCAAUACAUGUGGCUGCAUUUAUGGGCCACUUGAAUAUAGUCCUCCUCCUGCUGCAGAAUGGAGCCUCUCCAGAUGUCACUAACAUUCGUGGGGAGACUGCCCUACACAUGGCGGCACGUGCUGGGCAGGUGGAAGUGGUCCGCUGCCUCUUGAGGAAUGGUGCCCUUGUCGAUGCCCGAGCCAGGGAGGAACAGACUCCACUGCACAUUGCCUCUCGGUUGGGUAAAACAGAGAUUGUCCAACUGCUGCUACAACACAUGGCUCACCCUGACGCCGCAACCACUAAUGGGUACACCCCACUGCAUAUCUCUGCCAGAGAGGGGCAAGUUGAUGUAGCAUCGGUUCUCUUGGAGGCAGGUGCAGCACACUCUUUGGCCACCAAGAAGGGAUUCACACCACUGCAUGUGGCAGCCAAGUAUGGAAGCUUGGAUGUGGCAAAACUACUUUUGCAGCGUCGUGCUUCUCCUGAUUCAGCUGGCAAGAAUGGCCUCACCCCACUCCAUGUAGCUGCUCACUAUGACAACCAGAAGGUGGCUCUGCUGUUGCUGGAGAAAGGUGCCUCUCCCCAUGCUACUGCCAAGAAUGGAUACACCCCUCUGCACAUUGCUGCCAAGAAGAAUCAGAUGCAGAUAGCUACCACGCUGCUGAGCUACGGAGCUGAGACCAACAUUCUGACCAAACAGGGAGUGACCCCGCUGCACCUGGCCUCUCAAGAAGGUCAUGCUGACAUGGUUACCUUGCUCCUGGACAAAGGAUCUAAUAUCCAUGUGGCAACUAAGAGUGGAUUGACAUCCUUGCACCUUGCAGCUCAGGAGGAUAAAGUGAACGUAGCUGAUAUACUGACAAAGCAGGGUGCAAACCAAGAUGCCCAGACAAAGCUGGGCUACACUCCUUUAAUUGUGGCUUGUCACUAUGGAAACGUCAAGAUGGUGAAUUUCCUCCUGAAACAGGGAGCCAACGUCAAUGCUAAAACAAAGAAUGGCUACACCCCUCUGCACCAAGCUGCUCAACAGGGUCACACUCAUAUCAUCAAUGUUCUACUCCAGCAUGGGGCCAAGCCCAAUGCCACCACUGCUAAUGGUAACACUGCCUUAGCGAUUGCAAGGCGUUUGGGAUACAUCUCAGUGGUUGAUACUCUGAAGGUGGUAACAGAGGAGGUCACCACCACCACAACUACUGUGACUGAGAAACACAAACUGAAUGUACCUGAGACGAUGACUGAGGUCCUAGAUGUUUCAGAUGAGGAAGUGCGUCGGGUUUACACUCCUGAUGUUAUAAGCUCUGUGGAUUGUGUUUGUGUUUUGUUUCAAGGUGAUGACACAAUGACUGGAGAUGGGGGAGAAUACCUCAGGCCAGAGGACUUGAAAGAACUAGGUGAUGACUCUUUGCCCAGCAGCCAGUUCCUAGAUGGUAUGAACUAUCUGAGGUACAGCUUGGAGGGAGGCCGAUCUGACAGCCUGCGGUCCUUCAGUUCAGACAGGUCCCACACGUUGAGCCAUGCCUCCUACCUGAGGGACAGUGCCAUGAUUGAUGAUACUGUCAUAAUCCCCAGCCACCAGGUAUCAACUCUGGCCAAGGAAGCUGAAAGGAAUUCAUAUCGCUUAAGCUGGGGCACUGAAAAUUUGGACAAUGUGGCGCUUUCUUCAAGCCCUAUUCAUUCAGGCUGCUCCUCUCCAUGCCUUGAUCAUGACAACAGCAGCUUCCUGGUUAGCUUCAUGGUGGAUGCCCGUGGUGGUGCCAUGCGAGGUUGCAGACACAAUGGGUUAAGGAUCAUUAUUCCGCCUCGGAAAUGCACUGCCCCAACACGAGUAACCUGCCGGUUGGUCAAACGUCAUAGACUGGCCACCAUGCCGCCGAUGGUGGAAGGAGAAGGUCUGGCCAGCCGCCUGAUUGAAGUUGGACCUUCUGGUGCUCAGUUUCUUGGUAAACUUCAUCUGCCUACGGCUCCUCCCCCACUUAAUGAGGGAGAAAGCUUGGUCAGCCGAAUCCUUCAGCUGGGGCCUCCUGGGACCAAAUUCCUUGGGCCUGUGAUCGUGGAGAUCCCCCAUUUUGCAGCUCUGCGUGGGAAAGAGAGAGAGCUGGUAAUCCUGCGCAGUGAGAAUGGGGACAGCUGGAAGGAGCAUUUCUGUGAAUAUACCGAGGAUGAACUGAAUGAAAUCCUCAAUGGAAUGGAUGAAGUACUUGACACUCCGGAGGAGCUUGAGAAGAAGCGUAUCUGCCGUAUCAUCACCAGGGAUUUCCCACAGUAUUUUGCAGUGGUGUCCCGGAUCAAACAGGACAGCAACCUCAUUGGACCUGAGGGAGGUGUGCUUAGCAGCACUGUAGUACCACAAGUGCAGGCAGUCUUUCCAGAAGGAGCACUAACCAAGCGAAUUCGUGUCGGCCUCCAGGCCCAACCUAUGCACAAUGAACUUAUAAGGAAGAUUUUAGGGAACAAGGCAACCUUCAGCCCUAUAGUCACCCUGGAGCCAAGGAGGAGGAAAUUCCACAAGCCAAUCACAAUGACUAUUCCUGUCCCCAAAGCCUCCAGUGAUGGGAUGAUGAAUGGUUAUGGGGGAGAAACACCCACUUUAAGAUUACUAUGCAGCAUAACAGGUGGAACUACCCCUGCUCAAUGGGAGGAUAUUACAGGAACAACACCAUUAACGUUUGUCAAUGAAUGUGUUUCCUUCACAACAAAUGUGUCUGCCAGGUUUUGGUUGGUAGACUGUCGGCAGAUACAGGAAUCUGUUACUUUUGCCUCCCAAGUGUACAGAGAGAUUAUCUGUGUGCCCUACAUGGCCAAAUUUGUUGUGUUUGCCAAAUCACAUGAUCCCAUAGAAGCUCGAUUAAGGUGCUUCUGCAUGACAGAUGACAAGGUGGAUAAAACGCUAGAACAACAAGAAAACUUUGCAGAAGUUGCCAGAAGCAGGGAUGUAGAGGUAUUAGAAGGAAAGCCUAUCUACGUUGACUGCUUUGGCAAUCUGGUGCCACUAACAAAAAGUGGGCAACAUCAUAUAUUCAGUUUUUAUGCCUUCAAAGAAAAUAGACUUCCACUGUUCGUCAAGGUACGAGACUCCACUCAAGAGCCUUGUGGGCGACUAUCAUUUAUGAAGGAGCCAAAAUCUACAAGAGGGCUAGUCCAUCAAGCCAUCUGCAACUUAAAUAUCACAUUGCCACUUUACACAAAGGAAUCGGAAUCAGACCAAGAGCAGGAAGAAGAGGUUGACGUGACCUCAGAAAAAAAUGAUGACGAGACAGAAUCUACAGAAACAUCUAUCCUGAAAAGCCACCUGGUUAAUGAAGUCCCAGUACUAGCCAGUCCAGACUUGCUAUCUGAAGUUUCUGAGAUGAAACAAGAUUUGAUCAAAAUGACUGCCAUCUUGACAACUGACCCUUCUGAUCAGUCAGGUUCCAUUAAGGUGAAAGAUCUUGGGAAAGCCACUGAAGAAGAGCCAGGAGAGCCUUUUGAAAUUGUGGAAAGUGUGAAAGAGGACUUAGAGAAAGUAAAUGAAAUUCUCAGACAUGGAACCUACACAAGAGAAGACCAUAUACUGCCAAGGUCCCAUUCUGGACGAGAGUUAGUGGAAGAGGAAUGGGUUAUUGUCAGUGAUGAAGAAAUUGAAGAGGCCAGACAAAAUGCUCCUUUAGAAGCCAUUGAACCUGCCUGUAUAGAACUUAGGAUAGGAAAAGGAACAACAGAGAUAAGAAAGACAGACAUGACAGGAAUGGUAGACUAUCUUACCGAGGAUUUAAAAACCUAUGUAUCUCUUCAUAAGGUGGAGCCACAGAUAUUCCAAGAAGAUUUAGUAGGAGAGAGAUUUGAAGCUGUUGUUAUAAGCAGGGGUUCUGAAAAAGGAGGGCAGGGCUCUCCAACAGCUGAAACUCAAGGUACACAGGAACAACGCAAACCAGCCCUGGAAAUUAAAAAACCAAUUAGGAGGAAACUAAAAGAUAAACAAAGGCAAAAGGAAGGAGAGGGAGAGACACAAGAACCAUCAGGACUAACAAAGUUCAGUUCUGAGGAGUCAUUAGAUGAUGAGCCAGGUUUAACACCUGCAGCUGUUCCUAAUGUUAGUGCUGUAUCCCCUGUAAUAGAAGAAACGCCUAUUGGCUCCAUAAAAGACAAAGUAAAAGCUCUUCAGAAGCGAGUGGAAGAUGAACAGAAAGUACGUUCAAAACUGCCUGUCAGAAUCCAACCAAAAGAAAUCACUACUGAGAGGGCUGUUACAAGGCCAGUGCAAGCUAAAAAAAUAGUGCACAAAGCACAGCCACCUGUUUCACCCUCAGCUAAAACAGAAAGACUUGAAGAGACUAUGUCAGUCCGGGAGCUGAUGAAAGCCUUCCAGUCAGGGCAAGAUCCAUCCAAGAAUAAAUCUGGACUCUUUGAGCACAAAGCUAUCAAACAAAAGCAACAGCUCUCUGACAAAGAACCAACUCAGAGAGAAGCAGUUUAUUUAGAACGUGAAACAGAACAGAUACCAACACCUAGGAGAACAAACAAAAAAGAUAGCCUGCCAGCCAAACAAACCAAAGUCCUUAAGAUAGAUAAAGAUUCCCCAUCAAAAAAAGGACCAAAAGCUUCUUUUGAUUACACUAAAGAGGAACCUGUAGAUAGAGGCCAGGUAAAAGAACAGAGCUAUAAAAGAACUGAACCUUUCUCUCCAGUAUUUGAUGAAGAAAUUUCCAAGGAGGCAGCAAUUGUGAAGGAAAGUACAGUUGAUGACGACCAAGGAGACACUGACUUCCAGAUCAGCCCGGACAGAAAAACCUCAACUGACUUUUCUGAUGUCAUUAAAGAAGAGCUUGAGAAUAAUGACAAGUACCAGCAGUUCCGACACCUUUCAAUCACUGAGGAGGGAGAGCUUCACUUAGAGCAAGUACUGACCAGUCCUUUCAAUGUUACCUUCCCAUCAGAGUAUGUGAAAGAUGGCUUCCUACCUGCUCUCUCCUUGCAAAGUGGUGCUUUUGAUGGUAGCUCAGAAAGCCUUAAACAUGAAGGUGUAGCAGAUUCUCCUGGUAGCCUACUUGAUGGAACCCCUCAGAUCAGCUCUGAGGAAAGUUAUAAGCAUGAGGGUCUGGCAGAGACUCCAGAAACAAGCCCUGAAAGUCUGUCUUUCUCACCAAAGAAAACUGAGGAAAUUGGAGAAACAAAAGAAUCCACUACGGUGCAUAGAGCAGCAGAGACAUGUUCGCCAAAGGAACUCUCUCCAAUGAAAGGUGAAAGAGGUAUUGCUGCAGAACAGCUGACUGCAGAUACUGAAGCUAUCAAAUCUCAUUCUGAUCAUUUAUCAGAACAGGUACCUUCAGCCCCUGAGAAAGGGGCAGGCAAACUUACAGAUAGUAGCUCAGCUUCGAUUAUGAAAGAUGUUAGUAGUGCAAAAGAAUCCAAAAGCACUGAACACACACAUGUAACUAAAUCUUCUGAAAUGAAAGACAGCUGUUUAGAGAAAGAUAUGACUGGUGAACAUCAUGUUGUUAUUAGAAGUCCCCAAGGAUUGGAACUUUCCCUUCCUAGUCAUCACAGUGAAAGCUUUAGCCCAGUGGCAGAUGAAUCCCUGGCUAUAAGUCAUAAAGACUCAUUGGAAGCAAGCCCAGUGCUGGAAGAUAACUCAUCACACAAAACACCCGAUUCCCUGGAGCCUAGCCCUAUGAAAGAGUCGCCAUGCCGUGAUUCACUUGAAAGCAGCCCUGUAGAACAAAAAGCAAAGGCUGGCAUUCUUACGGGACAGGUUCCCCUUCAGUCUUUCCCUACCAGAGCAGAAAUGUUCCCAGAGUUGGCAUCUAUGCGUUCCAGAAUUCUCCGCGACCCUGAUGGAAGUGCUGAAGAUGACAGUUUAGAACAAACAUCUCUCAUGGAGAGUUCUGGGAAAAGUCCUCUUUCACCUGACACUCCUAGCUCUGAAGAAAUUAGCUAUGAAAUUACACCCAAAACUGCAGACUCGCAGGCACUGUCAAAUAUAUCUAAGUCAGCCACAAUCCCUGAAGUCAGUGAAGAACCAGAGGAUGAUUCAGAAAGUGAACCAAAGAAGAGGCUCACUCCGGAAGAGGAGAUGUUUAAAAUGGUGACCAAAAUCAAAAUGUUUGAUGAAUUGGAACAAGAAGCAAAACAGAAAAGAGAGUACAUAAAGGAUAAAAAGCACGAGGACUCUUCUUCAAUUCCUGAUUCGGGUGUUACAUGUGAAAAUGAAGUACCAGAGCCAACAGCUGUUGAAGAAAAACAUAUACCUACAGUAGUGAUGUCUUCUGCGGACACUAGAAAAAGUUCUUCUUCUUCUGAAAGUGAGCCAGAAUUGACUCAGCUGAAAAAAGAAGCUGACUCAGGCCUCUUAAUGGAGCCUGUAAUUCGAGUGCAACCUCCUUCACCACAUCUAUCUGGUGUAGACUCCAGUUCCAGCCCUGAAGAAGCAGGAUUUCAACCUAUUGACUCCAAACAACAUGUUUUCAGGAUGGAGUAUAAAUCAGAAUCAGAUAAGCCAACAAAGAAAGACAAAGAGGAACCAUCUGAGUUUGGUGAUAGCUGUAAAGCUUCUACUGAAGAAUCAAACAUUUUUCACUGUGAUGCUGGUAUCAUAGCAGAAACUGAUGAAUCAAAGUGUUGUUAUAGUACCGAUGAAAGUGAAACAAUUAGCCCUAAUGGCCCAGUGACCCGACUUGAUGGUGCUUUCUAUCAUGCAGUUGGUGAUGAUGCUCAAAAAGAAGUUGGGGUUCAUCAGCUGUCCCCAGCACUACAGCAACACCAUGCUUCUCAGGAACAGACUGAUGCCGCUGGAAAGUUAACACAUGAAGACCUCAGUGCUUCAGGGGAUGUGUCUGGGAAAGGAUAUGGUCCCUUUGGACAUGAUACUUCUCAUAGUUCUGCAUCACAAGACGAUGCAUUGGCUGAAGAUGUUUCCCGUGCACGCUCUACUUUGGGAAGUGGUUUGACAAAAUCGGGCAAAGAUUUUGAGACAUGCCAAAGUGUUUCUUAUAGUGAGGAGCCUUCCACAGAAUAUUCAUCCCUUACCACUAAAAAGGAUGAAUUUGAAGGCUAUGCAGCAGAUACUGAUGAAAGUGGUGUUCCACAUAUAACAAGCCCAUAUGAAAAUGUCCCUUCUGAACAUUUUUUCACUAUCUGUGAAAGUAGGAUAGAAACUGAUACAAGGCAGAUGACAAGUCCAUCAUCCAGAGAUGCUCAUUCUGUUGAAGUAGAAACAACCAUUGAGGAAACAUUAGUGGCAGGUUCUUUUAGCAGACAUGCUCCUUCAGGUGAAGAUCAAACUUCAGAAGAGGUGUAUAUGGAAAUAGAGUCAAAACAGAAAAUAUCAACUUCAGUGCCUUCAACAGCAGACCCCACAGCAUUAGAUCAAACUGCCCUUCAAUAUAUAAAAGAUGAAGCUGAAAAACUGAUCAGCCAAGUAGUCAUCACUAAAACAGAUGUGGAUUCUGACAGGUGGAGUGAAAUACGUGAAGACGAUGAAGCUUUUGAGGCUCGGGUGAAAGAGGAGGAGCAAAAGAUUUUUGGUUUAAUGGUGGACAGGCGGUCACAGGGUACAACGCCUGAUACCACACCAGCCAGGACACCCACAGAAGAAGGGACACCAACUAGUGAACAAAACCCUUUUCUCUUCCAGGAAGGAAAGUUGUUUGAAAUGACUCGAAGUGGAGCCAUUGACAUGACCAAAAGGAACUAUGCAGAUGAAAGUUUUCACUUUUUCCAAGUGGGGCAGCAGUCUCAAGAAGAAGUUUCUUUAUCUGAAGAAAUGAAAGAGGCCGCAGAGAUGGAAUCUCCUAAACUAGAGAGAUCACCAGAUCCAUUUGCACCUUCAGGAUCAGAUGAAACUGAUAUACAGGAAAAAGAUGCACUUACAAUAGCAUCACCAGUAUCUGAGCCUCCUGAUAAAUCAGAGGAAAUGACUAGCACAGGGGUCAGUGUGGGCACUACAAAAGCUGAACUUAAAUCUAGAAUUCCCAUUAAAAUGGGUAUUUCAGUUUCUUCAAAAUCACCAAAGAAAGAGACUGCUGCCUCUGAAGCUUCUGAAGCAGAUCCCUUCUCCAAAGUGGAAACUGCUGAUGGAUUUGACAGCAGUCAGGUGCCUUGCCCUGUCUCUCCAGAGCAGUCCGUGAUAGAUGUACAGUUAGAUUUUUCCACAGUCACUAGGUCUGUGUAUUCUGAACAGGAUGAUGAGUCCCCAGACUCUUCACCAGAGGAACAGAGAUCCGUGAUUGAAAUCCCUACUGCUGUGCUGGAGAGCAGUGUGCCUUCUUCUGAAAGCAAAUCCAAAAUUCCUGUCAGAACAACUCCUGCUGCACCGCCGUCGUUGCAACAAUCAGAAUAUGAGAUCCUGCCCUCAGAUGGCUUUCUGGACAGCUUGCAAGACGAAAUAAAAGAUGACCAAACAAAACCAAAGUCUAAAAUUCCUGUCAAAGCAGCUUUCCAAAGAGCCGAGCAACAGUGUGCAUACACAGAAACAUCUGUCCAGAAGCCACAGUCACCCAAAGCUCUUGAUAGGACAUGCAAACUAUCUAUGAAACAAGAUAAUCGAAGCAAAUCUGAAUCUGAUGCAAGUAUUCCCAUGAAUCCAAAGACUAGGCGUUCAAUAAAAGCUAGGAGUUAUGCUGAGGUGGAAGCAGAGACCAGAGAGAGGGUGGAUGAGAUGAAGCUUGAGCUAGAAUCAGAUGAUGUGACAACAGCAAGAUCAAAGAUAUUUUCAUCAAGACUGCCAGUUAAAAGCAGAAGCACCACAGCUUCCCACAGUACUGUUAGUCCCACAAAAGAACAUAAGGACUACUUUUUUGACCUUUACAAAAACUCCAUAGAGUUCUUUGAAGAGAUUAGUGAUGAAGCUUCCAAGUUAGUGGAUAGACUUACCCAGUCAGAAAGAGAACAAGAAUUAAUUUCAGAUGAUGAAAGUAGUAGUGCCCUAGACGCUUCUGUUAUUGAAAAUGUGCCAUCCAUUGAGACCCAGCAUUCAAUUCCUGAAGACAUCUUUGACACCAGGCCCAUUUGGGACGAGUCCAUUGAGACUCAGAUUGAGCGUAUUCCUGAUGAAAAUGUCCAUGACCGUGCUGAAGAUCAACAGGAGGAUCAAGGAAGAACAGAGGAAAGACUGGCACACAUUGCUGAUCAUCUUGGAUUCAGCUGGACAGAAUUAGCAAGAGAACUGGAUUUCACAGAAGAGCAAAUUCACCAGAUCCGAAUUGAAAAUCCAAAUUCCCUGCAGGACCAGAGCCAUGCACUUCUGAAAUACUGGCUUGAAAGGGACGGGAAACAUGCUACAGAUACAAGUCUUACCCAGUGUCUAACAAAAAUCAACCGAAUGGAUAUUGUUCAUCUAAUGGAGACCAGCCACAUGGACUCUGUGCAGGGCCAUGGCGCUCGCACCUAUGCAGAAAUUGAACAAACGAUAGGACUGGAUCAUAGUGAAGGAUUUUCUGCACUGCAGGAGGAACUGUACAGUCCAAGACACAAGAAGGAAGAGGAGCAUUAUAAAGAGAGUGAGCCAUUUGAUCACCCUCCCAUUGUCUCCGAGGAAGACACUUCUGUCAGUUACUCUUCCUUUCAGGAGGGCACUCCCAGGACUGAGACAGACAUAUCAGUUUCAGAGCUCCUGCGACAAGCACACAAAGAGCGAGUGCAAGCUGAGUUCUCCGGGAAACCACAGGAUCUGCCAGAAGAUUCAUCAGCUGCACAACAGGAGUACUUUGUCACAACUCCAGGAACAGAAGAAUCCAUAGCACCAAAGGCUGAAAAAUCAGCAGGCUUUGCAAAGGAAAAAUCUAAAGGCUUCACCACAGCAUCUGAAGAGCAUGAGAGGCCAUAUCUUCAGACGCCAUUGUCCAGUGAGCGAGGUGACUCUCCCAUUGCACAAGAACUUGAGGACCUCCAGCUCUCCCAAGAAGAACUUUCCCCAAGGAGAACUAGUCUGGUUAUAGUGGAAUCAACUGAUGAACAGCCAGCAAAAUUUGAAAGACAUUAUGACGAUGAAUCUUUUGAAAAGGAGCUAGCAGAGGAAUUAGGUGAGCUAGAGACCAGCUCAGAUGAAGAAGAGAUGGUAACGACCAGGGUCAUUCGCCGCCGGGUGAUUAUUCAGGCUGAUGAUAUGCCAGAAAUACCACCGGAAACGGUAACAGAGGAGCAGUACACAGAUGAACAUGGCCACAUUGUGGUGAAGAAGGUCACCAGAAAGAUUAUCAGGCGAUAUAUUUCACCAGAUGGCACAGAAAAAGAGGAAGUCCUAAUGCACGGAGCACCACAAGAACCUGUUAUGAUUGAAGAAGGAGAUGGGUAUUCCAAAGUCGUAAAGCGGGUUGUGCUGAAGAGUGACAUUGAACAGUCUGAGGUGACAUUCUCUGAACCCAGUGUUCUGACGGGUGCCUCAGAAUUUCAGGCUGAACCAGUGGAAGGCCGGAAGGUCAGUAAAGUUGUAAAGACCACAAUGGUACAAGGAGAGAGAAUGGAGAAGCACCUGGGUGAUGCUAGUUUAGCCACUGAUCUUCCAUCAGCCAAAGAAGACUUUGAAGAGGCUUUGAGUUUUACAUGUAACCAAAUGAAAGUCCAACUCCCCACUUUAGUAGAGAAAGAGAUCAUGAAAGAGGAUGGAUCAAUUAUUAAAAGGACAACAAUGAAUAAAUCCAGCUCACAGAAGAGGACUGUGGUGAAGGACCAGUAUGGAAAACAUGUUCUUGUGGAACAGCUGGAGAAUAGACCAGAAGCACGGGAUGAUCUCCAGCAUGACCUCCAGCAACUUCUUAGACAUUUCUGCAAAGAGGACCGGAAGCAAGAGGCCAAAUGA